CACUUGCGCGCACCUACGCCGCUGCAUCGAUGACGAGAGAAAGUGAACCGACCCGACCGGACAGCAGGCGGCAGUCGAAGUAGUGUAGUGGCGUGUUUCGCUCGAGUGCGAGCAGUGCGAGUGCGGCGGAGUGCGCGCUGGAACUCGUUCAAGCGUCGCGAACGCAAAGCGUCCAGAGACAGUGUCCUGCGUGUCCCUGCAGCCGCUGCCAGCAGCAUCACCCGCAUCGUAAAAAUGUCGGUUAACGAGGCUGUCUACCAGCCGACGACAGUCACCUACGAGUCGGAGCAUGAACACCACCCGCCCCAGCAGAGAUGGUCGCAUAGACCCAUCAGUUAUAUCGCAGCGACUGUUUCGCAGGCUGCUCGGCGUCCCUGCGGCAUCUCCUGCGUGCCUUUACGCAGUGUACUUCCCACUGUAUAUCUCACAUCAGCAAUUGCUUCAUUCACAAUUGGAUUAACUAUGUUCAUGCAAGGAUUAAUCGGUUAUAUUGAUAUGCCGCCUGCAGCCUCUGAGACAUUCUACCUCUCAAUGGCAAUCAUCGGUGCUUUGGUAUUCGGCGUCGGGUUUGUUUUCGUGGUGCUGUUCUUGCGCAUGAAUCGCAACUGGUGUUAUCGCGCUGGAAAGGAUCAUCUGGACGGAGGUGGCGCACAGGCUCUCACUGUGAAUCCAUCAACGGAUCUCCUGGUUGCAGCGCAGUACGCUCCCGUCUCUGAAGUUACUUAUCAGCCGCCCAAUGAAGAAAGCGAACAGAGCAAACUCAUGCCGCAGGAAAAUAAAGACAUCACCGAUGAAACAGAUCGUAUGUUGGAGACUGACCCGCGCAUUGUCCUGCGCCCACUGCAUCAGCAAAACAUGCACGAGGAGACAUAACUCCCUCGCUUCGCAUAUUUAUUUUUGCAUAUUUAUACUACACCUUAGUCCGUAAAUUGUUUGUGUUCGAAAUUACCAUUUUGCGGUCAUUGCUUUGCUGGACGACUCUGAUAGGAUGCGGGUAAGUAAAAACUUCAACAAAAACCCAAAAAAAAAAAAUGAACGGAAACAUUUCACAAACAUGCGACAGCUUUAAUUAGUAGGGACGUGCUUUCUCUGGGUAGCGCUCGUCGAUAAAAAAAAUGGCACUAAAUUAUUUGUACGGAACAUCACGCGCGCGCGUAGUACAACCAACACGGCAAACAAAAGACAUGUAUUUUUUAUAUGGCACUUACUAAAUAUGUACUUAAGUCGAUUUGAUCUUGGAUGUUAAUGUGAUACGGGGGGGACUCGAAUGCUGGAAUUGUAGAAAAGAUGGCGGCGCAGGAAUCUCAAACGCAUGCGCAUUUUGGAGCAUAUGCUCUUCGCCACGUAUUUUUGUAAAAUUUCCACUUGCAAUUCGCGUAUACAUUUUGUACGCGACUUGUGCGGCGUCUAUAUUUUUUUAAUUUGAUAUCUACAACAUGUAUUUGCUAUUAUUUUUUUUGAUGUUAAGUAUCAGGUUUACUUACUGCACUGAGAUUUUCUAAUAAAUAUCAAGUUUAAAAUGAA